GACUCGGAGGGAAAAAGAAAAGCGACGUGAUAGCGUCUUCUUGCGCCGCGAAGGUGCGCAGGCGCCGUGGCCCAACUAGGGACUUUGUUCUCCGCGGAGAAACCCAAGGGCGGUGCCGGAGGACGGCUGCGCACGCGCGCCGCCUCAUUUCCGGUGCUCGCUCGCUGGGUCGCUCGGGUCUGCUUCGGUCGCUGUCGCUCCCUGUCUCCCACCCCCGCCAACCGCCGCUCGGGCCUCUGCCGCUGCCGCGUCGCUUCCUCGCUCGCUUGCUCGCACACCGUCACUGAUGCAGCGCCGGGACGACCCUGCCGCGCGGAUGACCCGGUCCUCAGGCCGCAGCGGCUCCAUGGACCCCUCAGGUGCCCACCCCUCGGUGCGUCAGACGCCAUCUCGGCCUCCGCCGCUGCCUCACCGGUCCCGAGGAGGCGGAGGGGGCCCCCGAGGGGGCGCCCGGGCCUCACCAGCCACGCAGCCGCCACCAUUGCUGCCUCCGUCGGCCACAGGUCCCGACGCGACAGUGGGCGGUCCAGCGCCUACCCCGCUACUGCCCCCCUCGGCCACAGCCUCAGUCAAGAUGGAACCGGAGAACAAGUACCUGCCAGAACUCAUGGCCGAGAAGGACUCCCUCGACCCGUCCUUUACUCACGCCAUGCAGCUGUUGACUGCAGAAAUUGAGAAGAUUCAGAAAGGCGAUUCAAAAAAGGAUGAUGAAGAGAAUUACUUGGAUUUAUUUUCUCAUAAGAACAUGAAGCUGAAAGAGCGGGUACUGAUACCUGUCAAACAGUACCCAAAGUUCAAUUUUGUGGGGAAGAUUCUUGGACCACAGGGGAAUACAAUCAAAAGACUGCAGGAAGAGACUGGUGCAAAGAUCUCUGUGUUGGGAAAGGGUUCAAUGAGAGACAAAGCCAAGGAGGAAGAGCUCCGCAAGGGUGGAGACCCCAAAUAUGCCCACUUGAAUAUGGAUCUGCAUGUCUUCAUUGAAGUCUUUGGACCCCCAUGUGAGGCUUAUGCUCUUAUGGCCCAUGCCAUGGAAGAAGUCAAGAAGUUUCUAGUACCAGAUAUGAUGGAUGAUAUCUGCCAGGAACAAUUUCUAGAGCUAUCGUACUUGAAUGGAGUACCUGAGCCCUCUCGUGGACGUGGCGUGCCAGUAAGAGGCCGGGGAGCUGCACCUCCCCCUCCACCUGUUCCCAGGGGCCGUGGUGUUGGACCACCUCGAGGGGCUUUGGUGCGUGGUACCCCAGUGAGAGGUGCCAUCACCAGAGGUGCCACUGUGACUCGAGGAGUGCCACCUCCACCUACUGUGAGGGGUGCUCCAGCACCAAGAGCACGGACAGCAGGCAUCCAGAGAAUACCCUUGCCUCCACCCCCUGCACCAGAAACAUAUGAAGAAUAUGGAUAUGAUGAUACAUAUGCAGAACAGAGCUAUGAAGGCUACGAAGGGUAUUACAGCCAGAGCCAAGGGGAUUCAGAAUAUUAUGACUAUGGACAUGGGGAGGUUCAAGAUUCUUAUGAAGCUUAUGGCCAAGAUGACUGGAAUGGGACCAGGCCAUCACUGAAGGCCCCUCCAGCUAGGCCAGUAAAGGGAGCAUACAGAGAACACCCAUAUGGACGUUAUUAAAAACAAACAGGAGGGGAAAAUAUCAAUUAUGAGCAAAGUUGUUACUGAUUUCUUGUAUCUCCCAGGAUUCCUGUUGCUUUACCCACAACAGACAAGUAAUUGUCUAAGUGUUUUUCUUCGUGGUCCCCUUCUUCUCCCCACCUUCCUCCAUUCUUAACUCUGCAUUCUGGCUUCUGUAUGUAGUAUUUUAAAAUGAGUUAAAAUAGAUUUAGGAAUAUUGAAUUAAUUUUUUUAAGUGUGUAGAUGCUUUUUUCUUUGUUGUUUAAAUAUAAACAGAAGUGUACCUUUUAUAAUUAAAAAAAGUUGAGUAAAAAAAAAAAAACCACAAACCUGUUAGUUUCUAAAGUGACAUUGCUUGCUUAAAGGUUCUGAAGUAAAGGCUUGUUAACUUUCUCUUAGUUUUGAUUUGAGGCAUCCCAUAAAGUUGUAGUUGCAGAAUCCCAAACUAGGCUACAUUUCAAAAUUCAGGGCUGUUUAAGAUCUAAAAUCACAAAUGUUAACGACAGUAGGCACCACCAUGUAAAAGUGAGCUCAGACGUCUCUAAAAACGUUUCCUUUAAAAGCACAUGGCGGUUGAAUCAUAAGGUUAAAUUUUAAUAUGAAAAUCCUCAUGAAUUAAAUAGUUGAUUCAAUUUUUAACAUUAAUUGACUUAAAAUACAACAACAAAAUUAGGUUUGUAAAACUGACUUUUUCGUUAUGUGGGUUUUGAAAUCUAGCCCCAGACAUACAGUGUUGAGAGAUACUUAGGGGAAGAAUAGAUUUUGAAGAGGUUGAUGGGGGAGAGGGACUGGCCACCUCAUUUGAAUUUGAUGCAGAGCUUCUUAGCCACAUUCUUUCCGUAAUAGUACUAAUAAUUAAAAUGUCAGUAUUUAAAGUGACAAAGUAUUUUGUCCACCUGAGAUUCUGCACUCCGUGAAAAGCUCUCUUGGACACUGGAGCCAAAAGUUGAUGGUUUUCAUUAAGUUGACGGCUGUCAAAAUUGAAUCCAAGGUAGUUAAUCAAGUAUGUCUCAACACUAGCAUGAUAUAAAAAGGGACACUGCAGCUGAAUGAAAAAGGAAUCAAAAUCCACUUUGUACAUAAGUUAAAGUCCUAAUUGGAUUUGUACCGUCCUCCCAUUUUGUUCUCGGAAGAUUAAAUGCUCAUGUGUAAGUCUGCCUAAAUAGGUAGCUUAAACUUAUGUCAAAAUGUCUGCAGCAGUUUGUCAAUAAAGUUUAGUCCUUUUUUAAUCAAA